GCGGGGCUGUGGGUCCGGGCAGGGCCGGGCCGCGGGUCCAUCCGGCCGGGCCGCAGCGGGACCGGGGCACCUGCACACACCUCCGGGGGCCCGACGAGCACCUGAGCUUUGGAAGCAUGGCUAAAGUUUUCAGUGAGACUGAAACCAGUUCGGAGAGUAUGGCGACCAGAGAAGGGCAAGACAAUGCCACUGUGCAGCAGUACAUGAGAAAUAAAAACCUUGUUCUGGAUUUCCUUCACAAUGAGCUGAACCCUCGCCUCCUCCGGUACCACUGGAACAGAUUUAAUCUUCUGAAGAAGUGUUACUUUUACUUGAAGAUUGAGCCCAGACACCUGUGCGUGAGAGACCCGAACAAUAUGAUGAUUUGCGCUGACAUCUUGCAAAUCGCAAACCCCUGCCAACUCCAGAAGAUUAAGAAGGUGGGAAAAAAACAGACUGAAAUCCAGCUGGCACUUUUAACUGAGCUGUUGGAACAAUUGGAUCGAGGACGAAAGGAGCUGAGCCAUUACGUAGAGACCUGUGACAUGGCAACUUUCCUCUCCCAAUGGGACUUGACUAUAAAGAAAGUGCUCAAGCUCUCUGUGCUUUUCAGUAAACUCAUUGCCUUGGAAGAGCCAAGAAAGCUCCAUGUCAAGCACAGUUUGGUGUCACAGGUAAUUCUUGGAGGUGCUGUACACCCUCACAUUAGUCUUUCUCUAUAUACAAAGAAGCCACCAGUUUUUGAUCGGAGAGAGUCAUUUGCAUCCCAGAACUGGGCCCAGCUCAAGUGGAUUAAUGAAAAUCAAGAGUCACACCUCGAACGAUGGCAACUGGAGAUUAAGUUAGUGACAGACGACAGUCAGACAGAACCAGGAUACAGUCGGAUUCAGGAAGUCAUCUCCAACCCAUGUGUAAUCCAUCACCUGCAGCCUGGCAGAUUAUACGAGUUCAGAGUUAAAAGAUCUGACACUCACACACUUGUCUACUCACAGUGGCACGACCGCCUUGUAUUGGAGACAAAAACAGUCCCUGUUGAAGACACCAAUGGCAGCACCAACGGCAGCACCAACGGCAGCACCAACGGCAGCUUCGGGUUUACAAGGCGGCUCACCAGAACAUCUUCCUCAUUUUAAUGGUUUGGACAAGAUGAAUAAUUAAAAUAAACUGUUUAAACAUUUUGCACAAAAUUGAA